AUGCCCUACGCUGCUGCCUCCGCUAACGGUCGAAACGUCGUCGUCGGGAACCGACUUUUCCUCGGUCAAGUAAAGGCCGAUAACGUCGUCACCCAGAAGCCGGCGCCCGGUAUCGGCAGUUCGGUGGCCAACGCCGUUACCCGUAUCAACAAGUGCGCGGCCAAGUUCAACAAGGCCUCGUACAACGCACUCCCGUGCGAUAAUUGCGAGACGUGGUCGAACCACGGUUCGGACACGUCGGGGAUGAUCUUCCAGGCGCCGUGCAAGAGCGUCAUGAAGAAGGACAAGUUCGGCCGCGUCUGGCCUCAAUCUUGUCUCGAAUGUCAAGCUAGGUCGGCCUCGAACUGUUCGUGUCUCGACCUUCCGUACUUGCGCUUGAACGAGGCGAUUCAAGCCGCCAACAACUUGCUCGGGGUGGUGAGCGGUACUCUGUCGGCCAUUACCGACAAGGCCCAGCGCCAGGCCCUCGAGAAGCAGGUCGAGGAAGCGCGGAACCUCCUCGCCGAAUACGACGAGCCCGAGGAGGAGAACGUCGUGUUGGGGAAUGCCAACGAGCAGCCCGGGUCUCCGUCCUCUCCUGGGAUUCUUUGUGCCGAUCCCCUUGUGCGUUGCUGUUUGCCUGUUUCUUCUCUCCCUGCUUUCGAUCUUCAAGUCCUUCCUCGUUCUUCGCCUACUUUACCUCCCCCUUCCGUGACAUGUUGUCCCGACAUGUCCUAUUCCGUACCAUUCCCCUCGCCCCCUCGCUUCACCAUUCUCGGCGUCUUCUCGUAA